UGCAAGGACAGCACAGGAUGGCCGCUGGGUUGCACUUCACGCCUCAGUGGGGCAUGUGGUCGCGUCCCACUCUACCCACGCUCUUUGUUCUUGUGCUGAUGCAGACUCAUGUAUAAAACCAGCAGGUGGCCUGUCACAUUCCCCCAGGCCCCAAGACCAAAUCUCAAGUUCCUGUCUGUUUUCCUGGUUUCCUCGUCGUCUUUAGAAACGUUGUAACUCCCCCUUAUCAUCCAUUCACAGGCAGGAAUAUGAAUUUAAAGUCUAGUCUGUGUCAAACUGCUACGGCGUUAGUUGUGAAUUCGGCAUAAUGGUUCUGUCUUUCAGUACAGGAGCUAAUAAUGUUUUCGUGAAAUGACAUCAGAUGGAAACUUUACUUUUAGCAAAAUUUUACUAGGUUUGGGAUUGCAUGCAUUGUUGUUUACCAGCCUAGGUAAUGGAAUGGAUGGAUGGAUGGAUGGAAGGAACUGUUUUCCCAUUGUGCCCACAAACAUAUUGGUACCUAAUCUGUGUGUGUGUGCGCACGCACUUUAUUAGUCCCCAUGGGGAAACUAUGACUUGUGACCCCACAUGGAUGGAGUGGAGGCAGAAAAAGGAUGGAACUGUUUCUUUGCUUAUCCCAUCUUUCUCUCCUUGAGCAAGCUUGGUUGUCACAAAGUGGGGUUAACUAUCAUCCAGCAUCCUUGGGGCAAUUAGGGCAAAGGUCCAACAGCAGCACCAGUCUGCCAGCACCAGGAUUCGAACCAAAGACCUGAUCACACUGAACCCCCCUUUUUGCCCAUUGAUUUUAGUGCAGUGGUUUCAAUUAAGUAUUUCUACAAUUGCUACAAAGACCUAAUAAAAAUUUUGGAAGACACAAUAGAAAGAGGUAUCAUCUAUGACAGUAAGAAAAAUGCCGCACAUUCUAAAGUAUUAUUAAACAUGACAAGACAAAAAUCAUGAGCUAUGUUUUUACAAGCAUCACCUUUAUAUUAGUCACUUUAAGCAAUACACCCAGCUCUGAAACCAAACUCUGUUAUACAAACAACAGCAUUUGUCUUUUUAUUAAGUUAAUGAAAGGUUUCAGUAAAGGGUAUUCUUAAAUAUAUUCAUUAUACUGUGUUAUUGUUAUGCAUUCUUAUACAACGAAUAAUAUUUAUAUUAUUACGUACGCCUAAUACGUAAUACUUAUUAAUAUUGAGUAAGUAUGUGUCUAUUAUGUAAUGUAAAUUCGUAUUGAAACGUGCAAUAAGCACGGCGGUGCUGGCGGGUUCCGUGUGUGGGGUCUCCCCCGGGUACUCCGGUUUCCCCCCACAGCCCAAAGACAUGCUGAGGUUAACUGGAGUUGCCAAAUUACCAAUAGGUGUGCUUAUGUGAGUGACUGGUGUGUGAGUGUGCGCCCCAUCCUGGGUUGUUCCCUGCCUUGUCCCCAGAGCCUUCAGGAUAAUCUCCGGACCCCCCCACGGCCCUGAACAGGACAAGCGGUUACAUAAAAUGGAUGGAUGGAUGAAACAGGCAACAUAAUGAUGCUUCAGUGUCCAGGACUGGGUCCUUCGGAGAUCAGCGCAUCGGCUUUGGUUCCUUGCCUCUCCCCACCGGGGACUCUCACCCUGGACGACUUCAGCAAUUUCACGCCGCUGGUGAAGGAGGAACUCCGUCUGGCGAUCCAGAGCAAACGUCUGUCUAACGGGCUGAACUCCAUCAUGAACGACUAUACAAGUUCCAGCUCGGAACGAACCUCGGAGCAGCUACCGGUGAAGCGAGAGGUCACUCCAGAGGAAAGCGAAAGGAGGAAAAGGAGACGUGAAAGAAACAAAAUAGCCGCUGCCAAAUGUAGAAAUAAGAAAAAGGAGAAGACUGACUGCCUACAGAAGGAGUCGGAGAAACUGGAGUCCCUGAAUGCGGAGCUGAAGGCCCAGAUUGAGGAGCUGAAGAGUCAGAAGCAGCAGCUGGUCUACAUGCUGAACCUCCACCGGCCGACCUGCAUAGUCCGUGCCCAGAAUGGCCAGACGCCGGAGGACGAGAGGAACCUUUUCAUACAGCACAUCAAGGAGGGCACCCUGCAGGACUUGAUCACUGGCCCGGCUGGACUGAGUCACACUUCAGUUCCCAUGUCCUGUGAUCACCACUGACUGAGCAAGGCUGGAUCCAUCUGCUUACAAGUGAAGAUCCCAGAGAAACUGUAAUGUUCCACUCCCGAUUUACGGGACUUCUAGAGGAAUUAAAGAGAGACUGGACAGCUCCACAGUUCCCCGUUCCACCCGGGAUGGUACGCGGACCAUAGCCUGUGAAGAAAAAGCUUUAUAGCACUAAGGAAAACCAAGAUAUUCAAUUUUCUUCAAAAUACGAAUAUAUUUUAAUUUCACUUUGCCCUUACAAUGUUGUCGAUGGUAACUCACCCUGUCUUUGGUAAAAGUUGUGUUAAUUUAGUCUGGUUUAGUGAGCAAAAGAAUUUAGGUGAUGUCACAGGUAACUUGAGAUAAAUGUUUACACAAUUUCAAAUUGAAACUUCCCUAUAAUGCUGAAUACUCAUUACUGUGGUAACUUUUACAUGGAAUACUAAUAGCAUCGAUAAGAAUAUAUGGAGAUAAUGCAUAUUUUUAGUUUUAUUAUUAUGUGGAAACCCACGUUUCAUACUUAGAUGUAGAAGAUGAAUUCGUUCUGAAUUUUAUUUAAUGCUUAAAAAUUGUUUUUUAUGUGUGAUAUGAUAGCUGUUGCUUUCUAUGAUUUCACUUAUAUGCAACAGCCUUCAGAAAGAGCUGCUAAAGUUUCAGGGGUGUGUGUGUGUGUGUGUGUGUGUGUGUGUGUGUGUGUUACCGGAGCAUUAGGAGUGAAUGAAAAGCAAUGCUGAAUCUUUGAAGGAGAUGUUUCAGCGUCAGGCAUCAAAGGGAUAAAUGCAACAUGAAUGUUCUAGAAGUCUCAUGCUGGGUCUACAUUUUGGUGGCAAAGGCUGCUGGUACUUCAGACAAUGUACUGUCAAGGGAAUUUAUAAUGAGACUGAGUCUCUGAGGAUGAAACUUUUGUGAGAAGACUACUCUAGACUACUGUAGUCAUAUUUAAGCUGCAUUUGUGCAUACGUGCAUGCACAAGUUAAAAAAAACAAAUUUAUCAUGAUUAUGCACAGUGCCACUUGUCAAACUAGAACAAAAAGCUUGCAGAUAUUGAUAACAUUGUAUGUUGGCUAUUACAUGUAACACUGUUAUAAUGAAGUUGUAUGGUAUUUAUUUAUAAGAUAUAGGAAGCAAUUAUAAAAUGUGAGCAACCACACUUAACUAUAUAACUUAUAUUUUGAAUUAUACGCUCAGCUGAAAUAAAUGGCUGCCUUGUGUUUGAGCCUGCUCCAUAAUUUUCUCAGACAUCAGUCACCGAGCGUUGCUCUGUAGAAAAGUUUCAGAAACCUCUCGAGGAACCUCGCAUGGAUGCAGUGGGCUUCAAUGUAUGCAUCCUGGUUUAAGUGACACAUAGAAUAAGGAGGGCGUGUUGAAGUCCAGCUCUCCGAGACUGAACAGAAUGAAUGAGGUCGUGGUGUUUAGACUGUAAACCCUCUGGGACAGCCUUGCUGCCCAAGCACAUCUGCUUUAGGAUGCGCGUUUAUUUGCUUGGGUGACAGAGAGAGAUGUGUACGCGUUGGUAAAUUUAGUAGACCCAUGAAUUACCAUCCUCUUUAUUUACCUGCAAGCAGAGAAGCUACAAAUUAUGUACUACUGUAUAACCCAAAGGGAAUAUGUCUUGAAAGUGUUCCUGUUUGCACUGUUUCUGGCAUUAUCUACAAGCUUUACCUAUGAAAGUGCAGAGUAUGGAGAAAUAGGUUCUGAUGUGUGACUAGGCUAGAAUUUGAAAUAUGUGUAAUCAAGUCAGGUAAAAUCUCUGAUACUUCACUCCGAAAUGCCUCAAGGAAAUGUUUCUGUACAAUCUGUCCAAUUGUUUUUGAUACUUUAAUAAAAACAUAUGCUAUUUUCU